GGGAGGAGGAGGAGGUCGGGACGCGCGCCGGACGGGUGCGGGAAGCGAGUCCGCGCCCACCCGCCGCCGGGGCGCCGGGAGACCAGCAGCCGGGACCCGAGCCAGCGUGGAGGCGGGGGAGGGCGCCGCCUUGCCACCAUGGAUUUUAAGGCCAACUUGAAGGGGGUCAAGGCCAAGACGGAGGACGAGCGCAAGGCGGCCAGCGGCGCCGCGGCGCAGAUGGACUUCCGCGCCGUGCUGGGGAAGAAGGGCGGCGGUGGCGGCGGCGGUAACAAGGCCGCCGCCGCCCCCGUCCAGGCGCCCGCCAAGAAGAACGCCGUCGAUGACAAGAAGACCGGCGGCGGCGGCGGCGGCGAGGCCAAAAACGGGCAGGGCGGCGAGAUGGCCAACAACUGCGUGAAGGAUGGCGGCGGAAAGACGCCGCCAUCCUUCACGGAGAAGCUGAGCGACGCCACCGUUCUGGACGGCCAGCGCCUGCACCUGCAGUGCCGACUGGACGCCGCCUGCGACGGCAGCGCCAGCUGGACGCUCGACGGCAAACUUGUCAAAGCCUCCAAGUUCAUCGUUCUCAAAAACCAAGGCGGCGUGUGCUCGCUGAGCAUCGACAAGGCGCUGCCCGAGGACGAAGGCGAGUACAAAUGCAAAGUGGAAAACUCGGCGGGCUGGGCCGAAUGCUCCUGUUUGGUGCUGGUGGACGAUCCUCCGGAAAAGUCUGCGGCGGACAAGACUUCCAACAAGAAGAUGGCGGCGGCCACCUUGGAGAGCGAAGCUCGAAUAAAGAAGCCCACGGCCAAGACGCCUCCCAAGCAAGCGCUGCCUCCUCACAUCGUUCAGUUCCCAGAGGACAUGAAGAUCCUGGCGGGGGAGAAGGUGGAGAUCCUCUGCAAGUUCUCCGGGGCUGCGCCAAUCAGCUGCACGUGGCUCAAGUUCAGGAAACCGAUCCAGGAGGGGGCGGCGGGGACGUCCAUCCGCAGCACGGACAGCAGCAGCCUGCUGACCAUCGCCAGCGGACAGCAGGAGCACUGCGGAUGCUACACCGUCGAGCUGAGGAACCAAUAUGGCCUCCGGCAGGCCGCUCUCAACCUCACCAUUGUGGACAAGCCGGACCCGCCCGCCAAGGUCCCGGCCCUGUCGGACGUGAGGCGUUCCGGCCUGACGCUGUCCUGGUACGGGCCCACCUACGACGGCGGCAGCGCCGUCCAGACGUACCACCUGGAGAUGUACAACUCCGUGGACCGCAAGUGGACGCCGCUCGUGUCCUGCAACAGCACAUCCUACAACGUCCAAAACCUUCUUCCGGAGCGCCAAUAUAAGUUCCGCAUCCGCGCGGAGAACAUCUACGGCAUCAGCGAGCCGAGCGCCGAGUCCGAGGACGUCGCCGUGGGCCUGGCGGACGACAACGAGAACCAGGAGGAGGCGGAGGAGGAGGAAGACUCGGAGAAGGAGCCCGACUACAGGCAGGUGACGGUCCGAACCGACAUCAAGGUGAAGGAGCUGUACGACGUGGAGGAGAGGCUGGGAACGGGCAAGUUUGGUCAGGUGUUCAAGCUUGUGGAGAAGGCCACCAAGAAGGUGUGGGCGGGCAAGUUCAUCAAGGCGUACUCGGCCAAGGACAAAGACAACGUCCGGCAAGAGAUCGGCAUCAUGAACAGCCUGCACCAUCCCAAGCUGGUCCAGUGCGUGGACGCCUUCGAGGGAAAGUCGGACAUCGUGGUGGUGCUGGAGAUGAUCUCGGGCGGCGAGCUGUUCGAGCGCAUCAUCGACGAGGACUUUGAGCUGUCGGAGCGCGAGGUGAUCAAGUACAUGCUGCAGAUCGUGGACGGCGUGGGCUUCAUCCACGAGCAGGGCAUCGUGCACCUGGACCUCAAACCCGAGAACAUCAUGUGCGUCAACAAGAUCGGCAGCAAGAUCAAACUCAUCGACUUUGGCCUGGCCAGGCGGCUAGAAAAUGCCGGCACCCUCAAAGUUUUGUUCGGCACGCCCGAGUUCGUGGCACCCGAAGUCAUCAACUACGAAGCCAUCGGUUACCCCACUGACAUGUGGAGCAUCGGCGUCAUCUGCUAUAUUCUGCUGAGCGGGCUGUCGCCCUUCAUGGGCGACAACGACAACGAGACGUUGGCCAACGUGACUUCGGCCACGUGGGACUUUGAGGACGAGGCCUUCGACGAGAUCUCGGAUGACGCCAAGGACUUCAUCACCAGCCUGCUCAAGAAGGACAUGAAGGCGCGUCUGAGCUGCCCCCGGUGUCUGGAGCACACGUGGCUCAAGCAGGACACCAACACCAUGAAGGCCAAGAAGCUGUCCAAGGAGAGGAUGAAAAAGUACAUCCUGAGGAGGAAGUGGCAGAAAACGGGCCACGCCAUCAAAGCCAUCGGCAGACUCUCGUCCAUGGCCAUGAUGGCGGGCGUCCACGCCAAGAGGGGCUCGCCCACCGAAGACGACAACCGCUUCCUGGAGUGCUUGGAGCUGGAGCAGAAGGCCGAGUGCAAGCCCAGCUUCAGCGCCGUCAUCCGGGACGUGGAGGUGGUGGAGGGCAGCGCCGCGCGCUUCGACUGCAAGAUCGAAGGUUACCCGGACCCCGAGGUGGUGUGGUACAAGGACGAGCAGCCCAUCAAGGAGACGAGGCACUUCCAGAUCGACUACGACGAGGACGGAAACUGCAGCCUGGUCAUUUCUGAGGUGUCGGGCGACGACGACGCCAAGUACACGGUGAAGGCCGUCAACAAUCUGGGGGAGGCCACCUGCACCGCCGAGCUGCUGGUGGAGGUCAUGGCUGGAGAAGGGGAGGAGGAGGAGGAGGAGGAGUGAGCUUCACAGCUGCCGGACUCUGGUGGGGGCGAGGUGGGGGUGGGGAGGGGGCAGCUUUGACAGGAAGUGGCACACUUGCGCUUCCUGCCCAGAGACCAGGACGAGGGCGCCCGGAAAACCACCACCGAGAUGGAUCACGUGGAGUCGCGGCCGAGUUAGCGCCAACGGCAUCCUGGUGACGGCGAUGUCACUGUCAUUCGCACUUGUAUGAGGUCCUUUGAGCACAAAGUCGGGCGACCCUUCCAGAUGACCCGCCCGUCAUCGGUGGCGUUAACGCUACCAUCAACCGGGAUUCAAAAUCGAAAGCCAUCAAGCGACGGGAGAAAUCCGAGCUCAACGCCAUCCCCGCGCCGGCCCCAAAACAGGACGUGAGCCCAAACGCACGCCGCGGAGAAUCCGCGAACGUCAAGCGGGCGCUCGCUUCCUGGGUUGCUUCGUCACACCCGUCACAAAAGGAGUUUUGCCUUGUCGUGAGUUCCAAGACCUCCACUCGUCCCCGCCGCCUUCCAAACACACACACACACUCUGCACACAUUGCUGCACUUUCUUUUGGCGCACUCAACACGUCACGUGUGUGUGUGCGCGCGUGCCCUUGCAUCCUUCAAAUUUGAUUUCACGCCCAUGUUUGUCCAAGCAUUAGUUGUGUACUUCCAAGGUUUGUCCAAGUCUAUAGCGGGUUGAACACGUACGACGACACAAUUGUACUUCCUCACAUGGAACCAAUAAAAGAAUCCCCCCCCCCCACCCUCAAAAACAAAAAAAAAAAAACAUUGCUUGCAUACGCCUCCAUUUCGGACCUCAACAGUGGCGGCCGGUCAGGGUCAGCAAGGUCGCCAUCGCGAGAUCACAAGCACUGACCCGCUUUGGACAACCCCCGCCCCCCCGCCACCGUGUUGACGAGAAGAACACUUUUUAUUUCGAUAGCGCUAGGAAGGAAAAGAAAAAAAAAAAAAACGCUCACAGGCACUUUGCAUGCUAAAAGAAAAUGUCAAAUAAUGAGCAAUAAAUAAGGAACCAAAAUGGU